AUGGAGAAACAAGCAACAACAGAAGGAUUUUUUGAUGAUGGACACGAAGAUGGUUACGACGCUGUUGUUGUGGGGUCUGGCUAUGGUGGUUCUAUUGCUGCUUGUCGGUUGUCUAUGGCAGGCGUAAAGGUAUGUCUAAUUGAGAAAGGCCGGAGAUGGGAAUCUAAGGACUUUCCAACUGACAGCUCCAAAAUCUUGUCUGCUACGAGGAUGGAGAACCAGAACCUAGGAAUUAGCUUUGGACGAAAAGAUGCUUUGUUCCAGGUAUAUGAACAAAAUGAUUCUCUAGCAGCAGUUGCCUGUGGGCUUGGUGGAGGUUCACUAGUGAAUGCAGGAGUUAUGGUUCCAACACCAGUUCGUGCGAGACGGCAUCCAAAGUGGCCAAAGGAAUGGGAAAGAAAUUGGGAUAGCUGUGAAGCUUCUGCUGCAGCCAUGCUGAAAGCACAGAGUAUUCCUGUCAAAUUUCCUAUUGCGAAAGUUAUGGAAGAAGUUUCUAAUGGAGAGAUUGGAGAAACUUUUGAUACUUCAGUGAAGCUAAGUGUGAAUUUUGACCCUGAAGAACCUCUAGCCGAUGCAAUGGGUACCUGCUUAGCCUGUGGAAACUGUCUUUCUGGAUGUCCUUAUAAUGCCAAAAGUUCUACCGAUAAAAAUUAUCUACGUUCCGCAAUCCAGGCAUGCCUUAUGUCACCCUCUCCACUAAAACCAGUGUUUCUUGUGAAGCAGGCAGGAUGCGUUGUUAAAACAGAAUGUCAAGUGCAGUAUGUGGUUAGAAACCUGCAUGAAAGCUUACAAUAUGAAGGAAAAGUUGGAAGAAAAAAUAGAAGAUGGCUUGUUUACUUCAAUGAGAUUGAUUCUAUCACCUCUGAUUUCGUAAUCCUAUCAGCUGGAGUUUUUGGCACAACUAAGAUACUCUUCCAGUCACAAAUGAGAGGACUAAAACUUUCAGAAGCACUCGGAUCUGGAUUCAGCUGUAAUGGGAAUACCGUGGCUUAUCUUGCUGGGAGCCCAGCACCACUGAAUGGCUACGGAUUAGACAGAAAGAAAGUGUUUAAGAUGCCAUUUCAAGAAAGGCCAGGGCCAUCCAUCUCUUCAUCUUACACUUCUUCACUGGGUUUUACAAUCCAGAGUGCUGUGCUUCCUACAGCUUAUCCGUACCUGCUGUUUAAAGGAAUUACAACAUAUGGAUGGCCUGCUGGAUACUGGUUCUUUCAUGGGAUUAUAGACAAGAUAAAACAUAUCAUGGGUUUCAAAGCAAGCCAAGCAAUGGUUCUUAUAGGAUUAGGAUAUGAUGAAAGUGAUGGUAAGAUCAUGUUAGAAAGGGGCACAAACAAAAUCCGCUUUAUCCCAGCUCAUGAUCUCCUUCUCCCUCGAAAAAUUAAAGCUUUUCAAAAGAUCACUAAGAAAUUAGGAGGAAUUCUCUUUAUGUCAAAAUAUCGAAGCACAUCGGUUCAUCUUUUAGGCGGGUGCAAUGCAUCAUCAGAGCCUUCACAUGGUGUUUGCAACCCCAGUGGGCAGGUUUUUGACGCAGAGGAUUCGACCACAGUACAUCCAGGCCUCUAUGUGUGCGAUGCUUCUUUGAUCCCAUGUUCUGUUGGAAUAAAUCCAUCUCUUACUAUUGCCACUGUAGCUGAGCACAUAAGUAAGCAACUUGUGCAGGAUGUUCUCAAGAACAAGAGGAGAAAAGGGCUUGAAUGUGUUCUCAAAACUGCUAACCAAGGUCCAUAUUCCUUCACUGCUAAGACUAUAAUUACUGGUCAGAGAUCAGAGGUCUUGAUUAAAGAAACCAUGAGAGGUUAUGUUGGGGGUAUGCCCUGCACAGCUUAUCUCAGAAUGAAGAUGAACACUGGGGACCACUCUGAUGAACAGAAGUCUGGCACUGGAGAAUCCCAUCCUCUUCUAAGAGGGAAAGUGGGAGGGCAUGUGGAAUUUAGAGCCUUUGAGAAGGAUGAAUUACACGUCAUAGAUGGGGGCGUAAAUUUGUGUGAAGUAGAUUGCAGAACUCCUUACACACACUAUAUGCAUUAUAAUCUUCUUCUUGGGGCUUCUACUGGUUCAAGGUAUAUUCUUGAGGGAAGAAAGAUAAUGAAUCCUUAUCUCUUUGGCUUAUAUGCUUGGAGGGAGAUGACAACACUGCAUGUGACAUUUGUAAAAGUUGCAGAGAAAAACUCAAGGAAUGAGAAGGUGAUUUUGAAAGGGGAGCUUGGUAUUUCCAUGAAGGAGCUUCUUAAGAGCUUCAUAAGCCUUGAAGGAAACAAGAAGGGAAGGUUCAUAUGCCUCCUCUCAGGGGCUCUCUUAAGAACCUAUAUAUUGCAGAUACCUCGAGGGAAUCCCGAGGAUUUAAAUCUGUCCUACUGUCUACAUAAAUCUUAUCCAAGUGGUACUCUCCAUGAAAUAAAAACAGAAGAUGGAUUCAAUAUCAGUUGCAGACAAUGGAAGUGCCACCAUGUUUUGUCACAACUUAAAGGAGAUGAACAACAAACUCCAGUUCUCCUUCUUAAUGGAUAUUCUACUGAGAGUUACUGGUUGCCAACGGAGCCAAAUGACUUGAUCAGAACCUUACUUGAAGAAGGGCAUGAAACAUGGCUGUUGCAAUCAAGAUUACACCCUCUGAAUCCUUCAAACAGUUUUACGAUUGAAGAUGUUGGAAGAUUUGAUAUCCCUGCUGCAAUUAAUAAGAUCAUGGAGUUGCAUGGACCAUGUGUAAAGGUGCAUGUAGUUGCACACUGCGUUGGAGGCUUAGCCAUACACAUAGCUGUCAUGGGAGGGCAUGUCUCUGCAACCCGUAUAGCUUCUCUUUCUUGCAUCAACUCUUCAAUGUUCUUCAAGCUUAGUGCUUUGUCCACAGUUAAAAUGUGGCUUCCUCUGAUGCCAAUAUCAAUGUUCAUACUUGGAAAUAACAAGAUACUUCCUCUGUUGGAAACAUCAUCGGUCAGCUCACGCCACAGCCUCCUGAAACUUAUAGCCUGCUUCAUACCCCGGUACGAGAAAUGCACCUGCAAUGAAUGCGAAGUGUUUUCUGGCAUAUUUGGAAACACAUUCUGGCACAAAAACAUAAGCCCCACCAUGCACCAGUGGUUGAACAAGCAAAGCUCAACAAGGCUUCCAAUGGCAGCAUUUCCCCACCUCAGAAAGAUAUGCAACUCUGGUUUUAUAGUAGACAGCAGUGGGAGAAACUCAUAUUUGAUCCAUCCAGAAAGAAUGGCACUCCCAACACUUUACAUAUCCGGUGGGCGGUCUCUCCUUGUGACUCCUCACACAUCUUUCCUUGCUCAUAAAUACAUGAAGUUGCACCAGCCUGGCUUCAGACAUGAAAGGGUAGUUGUGGAGGGUUUUGGACAUUCAGAUUUGUUGAUUGGAGAAGAAUCUUACAAGAAGGUGUUUCCUCACAUACUAUCUCAUAUAAGAUCAGCUGAACAAGGAAGAAUAGGGAAGGGAAAGAAGUGCAGAAAAAAGGCCUUGGAUUGGGAAGCUGAUGAUCAAUAUGAAGGCUUGGACCAAGCCAAAAGGAGUCAUUGUUUGUAUAAUUGCAAAAUCGGAAAAUAUCAAUGA